UGUUCGAAAUCAAUUCAAGAAAGGGUCUGUCCAAAGGAUCUACAGAUAACUGCUUCCCAGGGAAGAAUGGAGAUUCUCUUCCAAUACUUUUUACAAGAAAUGUGCAGGAAGCUAUUGACAAUUUUAACUGUGAAACAGUUUCAUCACUCCCAUCUAGUGGUCAAACAACACCAACAGAUUUGAAUAAUUCUUGGUCUGGAAUACAAAGUUAUACAACUGGUUUGACUACUGAAAGAAGCUCCAUUUACUCAUGGAGGGAUGAUGAAUUUGAUAAAGCUAAUACACAAAGAGUGCAACAACUAUUCUGGGAUGUGGAUGAAAUGUUAUUUGAAGGAAAAGUGACUUCUCAAACCCAGAGCCUGCAGGAAGAAUGUAGAGACUGGAUCAAUAGAUCACUUCAUCUAAGGAUUUUAGGAAAGCAGCUCCUGUUGCCUAAGGAUGAAGGCUUUCAGCAUUUUCAGAGCCGAACUGCUAUCUCUGCCUACACCAGAUCUUUACCUGGCCUCUGUGAAAUCACUAAAAAUAUGAAAGAGCUGUGCAUUUCAGGCUCUAAGCUGGUUCCCACAACCUCCCCAGCCCACAAAUCAUUAGACUGUGGGUUCCCGAGGAUUACUGUUUCUGACUCAUCUGUGUAUUCCUUCCUGGAAGAAGAAAUAUAUGAUGUCGAUGGAAAAAUAGAAGAGUAUCUUGCAUUUGACAACAAAGAGCUUGAUGAUGAGAAUUUGGAACAAAAGAAAGCCCAGCUUGCUCAAAAGAAGAAUAAACAUGGCAUUCCUCCUGUUUCUCCCAAUGCUUGUAUCCAAGAUGCUGUGGCUGCUGAAGUGUUUGAUCAUGUCUGGAACAAUAUAAUUGAAAUACUGGAGGAGCUGAUUAGAAAAAAUUGGGAAUCUGUUAUCACAGCAAAUGAUAAACAGGUGGAAAAGUUGAAAGCUACUACAACUAAAUUGCCAGAUCUACCAGUAUUGCAUAUUACAACAGAUACAGUGAGUGUACCCCCAUCAAGGGGCUCUGAGGCACGAAGCACAACUUUUGCUUCACAUUAUGUUCCAUCUCAGGUUCAUCGGUUCUCCAGCAAUUUCUACAGUGAUUUGAAUGGUGUUAUGACAAUUCAAGCUAAGCCACUCCAGCAGAGGCAUUCAGCCAUAGCAGACAAGAUCCAGAAUGAACAAGAUGACAAACUGCAUAACAUUGGCUCCAGUAUUCCCAACUCAGUGCGAAAUCGGGUGGGGCGAAUAACUGAUAACAAUGUUCUCUCAUCAUCCCGAGUACUGUUGGCAUCCUCUAGGAAAAUGCCAGCACAUCGCAGGCUACCAUCUCUCACCUCAGACCCACUAUGCUCAAAGACUCCAAACGUAUACAGUGAUGAAAUCCUUAGAGGAACUAAACUGUGUACUGGCUUUGAUCGCUUGUCCUCUCCCCAUGUACAUACAACUCGGAACAAGUUGCCACCAAUAAAUUCAGAGACAGUUGAACAGUAUCUGUCAGUGCCUGGAUCACGACAAAGCUUUCAUAGAGGUCGAUAUGCUCAUAGCAGAGUAUCAAGUGCAGUACCUGACAGCACAGAGCGACGACCACUUAGAGAACGAACUGUCAUUGUUGAUCAAUUUUCAAGACCCAAUACCACUCACACAUUCAGGUCAGACACAGCUCAGAAAAGGUCAUUGACUUCUAUGGAUUUUACUAAUCACACGUGGACAGGCCAUGUUUUUUUAACAGUAUUAUCCUGGUUCAUGACUGUAGCUCUUCAGCAACAUCAUCAUCAUCAUCAUAAUAAAUGGUAUAAGCAUAACUAGAAAGGCACACAUCGUUACUCCAAAUCCUUUCAAAGGAAUCCAUCUACAUCUAGGAAGAGAUUUCAAGUUGCUUCUUAAUAUAUUUUAAGAAGAAACAGAAAACACAUUGCACUGAAUGGACAACUAUUAUGCUCAGCAAUAUUAGACAUCAUAUGGAUGGGAUGAAGAAAGUAUUAUAGCAUUCUGUGUGCUGCUUACCUUUCCAGUCUGUCUUGUACAUGUAUGUUUGAAGGUAGCUUGGACGGAGAGGCUGGAUGUAGCUGAGAGAAAAAAAAAAGGAAAUCAAGUGAUUAAAUGUGGAAUUCAGGAUUUCCUUUUGUAGGAAAUAAGAUGCUGCUGCUGUUUCUCCUACUCAUCCAUGCCUCCACUGUUUUGAGUUUUUCAUCUGGUAAAUUUCUUUAGUUCCUUCCUCUAAUGGAAGCAAGUAACAAGGUGCUUUUAAGCCCUUGAAAUUAUAUUCAUGUUACCCAGCCUCCUGUUUCAUAGACUUUCUGAGCUGUCAAACACUGAUUGUAUACAAAGUUCAUAUGUUUUAAAAUAGAAGCUUUUUAUUACCCUAUUGUGUCCUUUCUCUCUCUCAUCUUUGUUAUUCCGGUUGCUGUUCUGUAAAUAUUUUCUGUCCUUGGCUUGUUUUCCCUUUUAAAACUAGGUCUGUAUUCAUUUUAACAGUGAUUAGAGAGCUAAACUUCAUUUAUAACUUGCUAUUAAGCUGUCCUCUACUUUAGGUGCUGUAGAACAACUGAGAUAGAAUUGUUCUCGGAAAACAAUGACUGCCCAGCCAGGUGAAUGUAUUCCAUAAAUCCCAAAUUACUUGAUAUGCUUGCUGACAUGCCAAUAAGACAGUUCUAACUUUCUCAACUUGUGUAUUCUUCGAGGGCUUUCUAUGUCACAUACUCCUAUAACACCUAAUACAAUUUCUUGUAUCUAAUCCUAAACAUGAUUUACUUAACAUUAAAGUAUUUACUUAAUGAAUUGGUGCAUUAUUAGUAUUCCUGGCAUGUGUGUAGACCCAUAAAAAAGAAAAGGACUAACUUUAA